GCCAGUCCAACAUGGUUGACCUGUGAGCAGCGGUGCUACGAACGGCUGUCCGCAUUAAUCGCUAGUUUCUUCCGAUCGCGCGUGCCCCGUUAACCAUCGUAAACCGUUAAUAUGAUAUCUUCGAUCGUCUCGCGACUCGUCAUAUUAGUGUUCGGCAAUUUGUAUCCGGCCUACGCGUCCUACAAGGCGGUCAGAACGAAGAAUGUGAAAGAAUAUGUCAAAUGGAUGAUGUACUGGAUCGUGUUUGCGCUGUUCACGUGCGCGGAAACCUUCACCGACGUCUUCUUUAGCUUCUGGUUCCCCUUUUACUAUGAAAUUAAGACUAUCCUGGUGAUCUGGCUGCUGAGCCCGGCCACAAAGGGCUCGAGUAUCCUCUAUCGUCGCUUCGUUCAUCCGGCUUUAAUCCGCCGCGAGGCUGAGAUCGACGAGACCCUGGCACGCGUUACGGAGCAGGGUUACAGCGCUGUCUUGCACCUCGGCUCCAAGGGUGUCAACUAUGCCACCACGGUGCUCAUGCAGACCGCCAUCAAGGGCGGCGGCGGGCUGGUGCAGCAUUUAAAGAAGAGCUACAGCUUGAGCGACCUGACCAGCGAGAAGGAGGACGAGAAUAGAAACACGUCGCACUUGCACGACGAGACGGACAUCGCAGUGGAACCUCGUCGAAGAGAGCACGUUGGGAGAAGAAGCUACAGUCCUCGUCGGACACAGUCGAGUAGCAAUCGGGUAGAGAUGUACUUCUCUGAAGUGGAUGUGGAUGUUAGACAACCGAGGUCCAGGGAACCGACAAUUAGCUUAACUAAUAUAAGAUCCUCGGACGACAUAUCCAGCGGAUACAGUAGCGGAGAAGCCUUACAAUCAACUCGUUCGUCUCAGGGCGACACGUUGGUUAGAACGUCGAGCGUUGGUGCAAGAACACGCGCAAAACCGCGUUCCACCACAAAGAAGACGCCAGAGGAGGCCGGCGAGGAUCCCGACAGCAACGAAUUCCCUUCCUCCAUAAACAUCUCACUUCCGACACCUUUGAGUCACGUCACCCCCGAGCAAGCUUUAGAGAUCUUGCUCCUGCUCUCGCAAAACAGUAAUGUUGCCGAUUAUAUCAAACUCGAUCGUGGAUCCUUUGUCGCAGGUAACGACGACCCGGUCGAAAAGACCAGUCAAUCAGGCCCCGAAUUUCUGGCAAUCAAGGCAGAGUCAAAGGAGUCGGAUGAUAAACCCUUGGACUCUUCUUUGACUGCAGAGGUUCAGAUUAUUCAGAGUAUAGAGAUGAAAACUGUCCCCGAAAAUGUCACGAUGCCAGAAAAGUUAACAGAUGAUACACCGAGUCAUCAGGUAGCCCAAGUCCAAGAGACAGUAGCUGAAGUUGUUACAAAAUCGUCUAUGACUGAUCAGGCGCCAUCAACUGUAUCUGAGGAUACCGUCAAAAACGAAGAACGUACUUUAACCGACGAACUCUGCCAGACCAAAUUCGACGAGCUGAAGCAUCUGUUGAGUGAAGCACACAGAGCGGUUAACAACAUUGUAUACACGCAGGAACAAUUGAAAGGUAGUAACACUAGUAUCGCUGUCUCGUCUCAAAAAGAUGUACCAGAGAAAGUAGAUACUAACAAAGACUCGAAGAAUGAUAAUACAGAGGACAAAGAAUUGUCAAAAGAUGCCGAACAGAUGAAAACAGCUGAAGAAACAAACAAAGCUGAUGACACUACGAAAUUGGAAACGGGAAAUCUUGAUGUUGCUACUCCUGAAGGUUGGGCGACAGCUAACAUGUCACAAAGCAUCUCAGAUAGUUUGAAUCGAGCUGGCAAGUACAAUAAGAAGCCAGCACCCAAAAUACCUCUCACGACAAGCGAGGAAGACUUAAACGAAAUCGACUCUCAGAACGCUCUGAAGGCUACGCUAGUAAUUAAAACCGGUACCGUGAAGACGUUCGCGAACCCCAGCCAGAAGAAGGACGUGUUCAUCGCACACGUUGCUGAGAAAUCCAAAGGCAAGAAAUCCAAGAGACAGAGAACAAAAGAAGGAUUUUCGAAACUCUUGACAAUUCCAAAGAACAUCUUCCACAGCGCCUUUCACAGGGAACACAGGGGUUCCGGAAGAUCUGAAGACUCCGCCUCGGACAUCAGUGCUCCGCAAUCAAGAUCGAAUAGCAUCGAGCCACAAGAAAUGAUUAUCGAACUCGCGCCGAAGUUGCCCAUCUCUAGCCAGGAUACAACCACUGAUGAUAAAAGCGAUAGCUCGAAUAGUUCAGAUACGUAUGUCCUAGCGUCAAGUGCGGAGUCCCUCGAAGCUGAGACAAAACAAGAGGUCGAAGUCAUAGAUGAGACGAAAGAGAAGGUCGAAGCGGUAGCUGAGACGAAAGAGAAGGUAGAAACAGCAGCUGAGGCGAAUGAGAAGGUCGAAACAGCAGCGGAGACGAAAGAGAAAGUUCAGACGACAACUGAGAUGAAAAAGAAGAUCGAAACAGCAGCUGAGAGUCCGAAACCAGAAAUAAAAGAAAUGUCUCAUUCGCCACGAGUCAUCAAGAAGCUAGAGUCAGACAUUUACUGAGAGUCGAAUUCGAGACGAUAAGAAAAACAAUCUUAAUGAUAAGAAAAUUACAUGGGACUUAUUGACUGGUUUUUUGGUGAAGGCAAAUUUAAACCGAAUCCUCUGUCGACCAUCGUUCCUUAUCCUCCUCAAUGUUUAAACACUUUACUACUGUACUGGCAAGUCUGGGGAGAAGAAACGGAUUAACACGUUAAGAUCAUAACAAGCUUCGCUACCCUGCCCCGCAGCAAGAAGACAAGUAAGAAGAAGAUUGCAUGAAACUUGGGGACAGCUGCUGAUCGCAUCAAGGAAUAAGACCAACCACAUUUCCGUCAUUUAGACCUGAUUCAAGGCAUCAGCAGCAUGCGUCGCUGAACCAAACGAGAUGCGUAAAAUGCAUAAAUAACGUUGCGUCUUAGCAUUAGGCGUCACUCGGUUCGUUUGUACAUAGUUCUAUCGCGGGACAAACGAAACGUUCAUCGAUUAUGUUCGAGCAUCCGGCUAUAGGUAGUCGCGAGGGGAUCGACCCUUUACGCGGUUCAUCGAUCAGAUUUUCACGAUCGAAUCACCAAGAAACUUCGUUUCAUCAACGACGACUGGUCGCGGUGAACACCGUUGCUCACGGUCACCCAAGGAAACAAAGGGAUUCGUUCUUAGAUUCGUUAGACGCCUUCAACUGCGCGGCCCAACGCCGUUGGGAGACUUUUUUUAUACGUGACAGAAAUCUGUGCUUGCUGCGCCCUAGAUCAGUGUCGCUUACGAUCAUGCAGUUGUCCAUCGAAGAUCGCACGGAGUUUCGUUUCCUAAGCUUUUCUAAACCGUAGCUCUCUGCUACUUCGAUAGAUGAUCGGUGCGCCAUGAAAGAGAAGAGAAAGCG